AGAUGAACAUGUCCUGUUCAAUUCCUGUGGUUUUUUCUGUUUUUUUAUAUAUAUUUACAAUAAAAUGAUGAUAUUAAAAUUAUGAAGCAGAAUAAGUUGGAAGAAUCUUUGGUUGAAUGGCCUGAAUGGGUGAACUCAUAUAGCCAUUAUAGCAUACAGUAUCAUUCAUCACAGCUACUGUACUAUUGUUUAAUCUACUGAAGGUAUUUUCAUUACCUUGAAGAAAAGGCGUUGCUAUAUUGUUGUGGUUGGUAUAUAAUCUGUGUUUCCUGCUUGCAGUUUAGUGGUUUCCUGUGUAUAUCCUGUUUUGCAUUACCAUUUUACCAAAAGUAGGGAAUCUAAGCUGGAAUCAUUUUCUAGUGAUUUAUCAGAGUCCUUUUGAUAUCCAAAUCCAACCACAUCCAACCCGAAUAGUUGUACUUUACAUUAGUAAAAAUAAAAAUCUUCUUACUUUCACUACUGUGAUGUAAUGUUUAAAAACAAAACAUCUCCUUUAUUUGGGUGAAUAUAAACAAUGUAUAAUCAAUCAAUCCCUUAAAAGAAUAGGCUUUUACAAAGUUCUAUAAUAUACCAGUGCAAAAUGUCUGAAGAAGGAAUUGAAUGGCUUGGAUGUAUUUUGUCUGAAGUACAAUUGGGUCAGUUCUUAGUGCCAAUUAGAGAUGAUCUUCAAAUCACAAGGCUAGAACAUUUUGACUUUGUGAAACCAGAAGAUUUGGAAAAAAUUGGGAUAAGCAGACCAGGAGCUAGAAGACUAUUAGAAGCUGUUAAGAAAAAGAGAACCCAACAGAAAAAACGAAACUUGAUCAACAAGUUGAUCCCAGUUACUGGUAAGGGGACUAUAAGUAAGAAAACUGAGACAGAAACUAUUGCUAUUAGUGAUUUUACAUCAUGUCUCAUCCAAGAGAGCAAUAUUACUUUAUCUGUCAAACUAGGAGAUGGAAGUUUUGGGGUUGUAAGAAGGGGAGAAUGGGUAAGUCCUACAGGAAAAUCCAUUCUUGUUGCUGUGAAAGUAUUGAAAGCAGAUGCUCUGAGUCAACCAGGGGUAUUUGAGGAUUUCAUCAAAGAGGUGCAAGCAAUGCAUGUUCUCAGUCAUCAAUAUUUGAUAAGGUUAUACGGGGUGGUGCUUUCUCAGCCGAUGAUGAUGGUGACUGAGCUAGCCCCUCUUGGAUCUUUGUUGGAUUUCCUGAGGAAACAGUGCCAACACACUCCGGUGUCGAUGUUGUGUGAAUAUGCCACGCAGGUGGCCAAUGGGAUGGCUUAUUUGGAGAGCAAAAGGUUCCUGCACAGGGACCUGGCAUGCAGGAAUGUGUUAUUGUCAGCUGUGGAUAAGAUAAAAAUCGGCGAUUUCGGCCUGAUGAGAGCUCUGCCGCAAGAGGAAGAUUGUUACGUGAUGACCGAGCACAAAAAAGUCCCUUUUCCUUGGUGCGCUCCCGAAUCUCUGCGAUACAGGCAGUUCAGCCAUGCUUCAGACACGUGGAUGUUCGGUGUCACCGUGUGGGAGAUGUUUACUUUCGGCGAAGAUCCCUGGAUGGGAUUGAUCGGGUCCGAGAUUCUGCGCAAAAUCGAGAAAGAAAACGAACGCUUGGCCCUACCUGACGCAUGCCCACCCCUAAUCUACGCCACUCUCUUGCAAUGCUGGGCGAAAAAACCCGAAGACCGACCGACCUUCGCCUCUCUCAAAGAUUUCUUCCGCAAAAACGUCACGCCGGUGAUGAAAUCUUUAGGAAGACAAAACGAACCCGACAAGCUGGAAGUGCUUGAAGGGGACGAAAUCGCCAUUAUUGACGGUAGUUCGGAGUUGUAUUGGUGGAAAGGGCAGAACCAGAGGACAUUCGAGAUAGGGUUGGUGCCUAGGUGUUUGGUAGAUCCGAUGCGGCCCAAACAGUCGGAUGAUAUCAGUAAACCUCUUCAAAACUCGUUCAUCCACACUGGACACGGUUCAGCUUUUGGGGAAUCCUGGGGCAGCCCUUCUUAUAUCGACGAAAUGUACCUGAAAAACCCGAUGGACCCGCCUGAUCUCUUGGGAAUACGAAGACAGCCGAAACCGUCACCGCAACUCUGUGAUAGAAGAAAAUCAUCUUCAUUAAGCCUAAACAGCUCUCUAAGAAGAACUGACAAGCAGUUCAAUUACAAAAAACUGACGAACCAGAACAGCUUCAAGUUGUCGAAGCCUCAAAGGCCUCCGCAACCGAAAAUCGAUGCUUCAAAGGAAGAAGUGUUGGUCGAUAUAUCGCCUGAGGAUGCUUCUGUCACGCGAAUCAAAGACAUUCCUGGUAGGUCCACACACGGAUCAGUUAGUUUGCUGGAUGAACCGAUAGAUGUGCCACAAGAAGUGUCUCUUUCAGAACAAGAAUUUUGGAAAUCCAACGAUCUUCAAGAAACAGCACCACCACCAUAUCAUGCCCCACCUGCCUACUACAAUUCUUCUGCGUUCGCCUUAGAUCCACCGGAAAUCGACCCCUUUGACACGUCAUACGUGUACAAACCCCCUCCCAUAUACAGCUACCCCCACAAACUACCCAGUCCCAAUUUCGACCCUACUAACUCCCCCAGUAAAAAACCCAUCACCAGUCCCAACAAAACUAAAAACAACUAUGUACAAGGGGAUAUUUCUAACAGAGGGAUGAACUACUUCAAAACUACCCCUUGCGACAAGGAACAAACGAUUGCGGUGUCAAAAAGUGUACCUGUUGCACAAAAAAACAUGGCUUCGCCUGUUAAACCAGCAGGAAAUGGUUUGGAAAACGGGAUUUCGCUCUUGAAGCUCGACGCUUCGCCUUCGAAAAAUGCGGAGGGGAAGUUUUUGGCUGAUUUGGAGAAAUAUUUGUUGGGCAAGGAGAAGGACAGGGGGAAGGAGAACAAGAAGGUGGAAGAAGUGGCUGGGGCUGCGACGUUGCCAAAAAUUCAAAACGAUGCUUACUCCAACUUGGGUGAUUUGUACAUGAAAACCUCAGAUUCGUGCACCAAGAACUACACCAAGGCCAUCAUAAAUAAAAUGUGGUGCGAAUCUACCAACAACGGAAAUCUCAAGCAAAGCAACAAACAUGUACAAAUCGAUACGAAUCAACGGCAAAACAAGAACGAAACAUACGUAGUCAAUUGCGAAUUCGGUCAAUUCAAAAGCAACAGGAGGUACGACCCAGUGUACUCUUCUUCCAGUUCUAUGUACUCAGGAAGUACAAAUUACGAGAUAGCAACUAAUUUCAAUUCAACCAGUAAGUGUUCAGAAAGUACAACGCAAAACGUCUACAACACCUCCCUUCCCCAACACUCUGUAUACAGCAACGACUCUAACACUCUCUACAACACCGCCGUACAAAUGAACAACAUUUACGGCAACAAAACUGCCACUAACGACAACCACCCAACUCCUUAUAACAACCAAACAGUAACUAAUGACACUCACGACCAACGAGCGUCUACUAACGACAAGCCAACAACUACUUAUGGCAACCAAACGUCUAGUUAUGGCAACCAAACGUGUAGUUAUGGCAACCCAACGACUACUUAUGGCAACCAAACGCCUACUAACAACUGCCAAACGGUUGCUUACGGUUACGGUACUGGUAGGCGGUACGACGAGACUAUCGAAGAGAGGUUGUACCAUGAGGUUCCGGAUAAUUUGUACAGUCAAGUGCCGGAGGAUGACGAGCUGAGGCCUCACAGGCCUGCUCCGACAAAGCCUACUCGGAUGCAACCGCUCAGCAUGCAACAGAUACAGAGGAAAUUGCAACAGGGACAGCUUACAGCAGACGCAGAAAGACUGAUGACGUCAGAGUACCGAAGCAAUAAAAUCAGUCAAGUGAGAGACUGCGUUCCCGAUGCGGAUGCAGAUCAGUGUCUUUCAGCUUUGCAAUCGUGCGGUUGGGAUGUCGCAUUGACAGUUAAAACGCUCAAAAUCGACAAACUUUGCAGGUUAGGUUUGGCGGACAGAGCUCGUUGUGAAGCGGCCUUGCAACAGACCAAUUGGAACGUGGAGUUGGCCGCUUCGGCCAUUUUGGACACUUGAUAUUAGGUGUACCUGAGUAAGCAAUAAUGUUUAGUGAAUCUAUACGUCACAUUUCACGUGCCAAAGAUAUAUCUCCAAUAAUCAAAAGUGUUAGAAAAUUUUACCUAUGUAGUUAGUGUUCAGGCUUAUUGAUAUUUUUUUUUGUUCACUUAUUAUUUGAGUGACUCCUCCAGAACUUAGGCUCAUAUUUAGUCAUUAGGUGUAGGUAGUUCAAUUACCUAUAGACAUAUUUAUUUUGUUUUUUUUUUUGUCUGUUUUGUAGUUUUUAUUCCAAUCUGAAUUCAGAUAUGCAUCAAAACAUGACCUCCAAUAGAUAUUAGAAUAAAACUUCAGUGACUUUAUGCUUAGUUGAUAAGUCAAUACUCCUAUUUCCAUGUGUAUUAUAAUAUAUAUAUACUAUUUUUUC